CUCACCUUGUAGAAAGAUCAUAAAAUGAUGAUUUACUAGAUAAAUACAUAUAGAUAAAGAUAACAGUUAUCUCUCACAUGGUCGGUGAAAACUAAAAUGUGUAUCUGACGAAACAUUUUUUCAUAAACAAUUGCUUGAUUCUAUGAUAAAUCGAUGGCAAACAUUCGAUAUGUGUGAUUGUAAAUAUGAUUUUCUAUCGACUGAGCUUUGCAAAAUCGCAUACAGUCUAGAGAUAAAUGUAUGUGGGUGUAGAUAAUCAUGGCUCGACUUAUCCGGAUUUUGUUUUUGGCAUGUGCCUGUUUGUUGGGUCAGGUAUAUUCGCUGAAUAGGAACAUCUCCUUUCCCAAAGAUGUUACAGUAUCACCGUUCACCUACAGGAUAAUAGGAGGCAGGGAAGCAGUGCCACAUUCCUAUCCUUUCAUGGCAGCCCUCAUGAUCACCACGAAAGAUUCAAACUUUUUCUGUGGAGGAUCCCUCAUCACUUCUCAGAUUGUCCUUACUGCUGCACACUGCCUGGACGGCAAUCCUGUUAAAAUUCAAGUGGCGCUUGGACGUCACGAUCUAGCAAAACGAGAGUCAAGUGGUCAGCUCUAUGAAACAAAAUCGUAUGCCAUUCAUCGCCAUUGGAGUAGACAAACGCUACAGCAUGACAUAGCAAUGAUAAAACUACCAAGGAGUGCAACUUUGAACCAAUACGUGAAGACAAUAAGCUUAGCUAGUAGCUUGACCAAAUUAUAUUCUGGACAUACCAUUGCCCUCGGAUGGGGACAAACAUCGGGUGGAGGAAAUUCAGCAACUACUAAGCUUAGGGUAGUGGAUGUGACGCUGAUGUCACUUCAGACAUGCCAGUACAUAUAUGGAGAUAAUGUAAUUACGAGAAGCCACAUUUGUACCAAGGGGCCAGACCUCAGCAUCAAAGGUACUUGCAACGGUGACAGUGGAGGACCUCUGGUACUGAAUGGGGUUCAAAUCGGAAUCGUAUCAUUCGGAUCUGCUGACUGCAUGGAACUGAGCCCUUCAGUCUACACUAACGUUGCCGUAUAUGAGACAUGGAUCAAACUGAUGUUGAAUCAUUCGGAUGCAUUUAGUGGAGCUCCAAAUCAAAAUAACAAGCUGUCCGUUUAUAUACUUUCAGGAGUGUUGAUUAUGUACACAAUAAUAUAAGAAAAUCUUACGGUAUUUUUCCAGGUCAAAUGAUUGUCUCUGUGUUAAUUGCCAAUAAAUUUUAUCAACGUUCGGGAUAUAUUUGCAAUUAUACUAUCGUCUCUUAUGUAUAUGUGUAUCUAAAUAUUAUAUAUGUAUAUAAUAUAUAUAUAUAUAUAUAUAUAUAUAUAUAUAUAUGUGAGCGGUAGUCAUUGCCAUUGCCAACGACCAGUUGGGCAAAAAAUACAAUUAAUUGUUAAUUGUGAAAUUAGGCUUUAGUAAACUCUUUUAAAAUCGCGAGCUUUCGGCAUUCUCUAUGGAGCCAUCUUCACGAGCUGAAAACACAAUUAUGAUGCUAGCAACUAAUACGGGAAGGAUUUAAAUUGUCAGACAACUUACUUGUCGUUGAGGUUGCAGCCAAAUAUAUAUAUAUAUAUAUAUAUUGAGAUUUAAACUUGAUGUCGUGUUAUAUUUUAGUUUUAUAGUACAAUAAGCAUAGAAUAUGCGACUGUGAUACCUCAUUAGCAAGGAUGUUGAAAGCAUAUUAUUUAUUUGAGUAAUAUAUAAAAUGAGAACCU